AUGCCGAAAAGUAAGAAAAAGCAGGAAAACCAGGCCUUCGCAAAGAAGAAGAUCAAGGUUGGAAAAGUAUUGGAAGAAAACGGGCGGCCACCGAUGCUACCUUCACGACGAGAAAGAUUUCCUCGAUCAGCCAGUUGGCGGGGCAAGCGCAGGGGUCUUCGGUGGCUCUUUUUUCGCAUCGAAUUCCCGAAAAGAGGCGGCGACUGGGUUGAAGCAAUUGUUGACGGCGCAUCCGGACCUGAUCAAAACUUGAGCUCGCCACCUAUCCGCGGCCCCUCGCUGACUAUCGACAAAACAGACGUACCAAGGACGAUGCGAACUGAAACACUUAUCACAAAGAUUUGCACAUUGCCUCAAGACAUUAUGAACCCACAUUUUGCCCUUCUCAUCGCCCAUACAUUGAGGUUGCUUUUGGCUCUUUUC